CCAUCUUGCUUUAAUUCUUUUAAAUAUAAAUAUAAUCAUAUCAUAUAACAAACAUGUUACAUGCAAAACUAAACCUAAUAAUAUCAAAAUGGCGACCCAUGUUAUUAUUGCUUCCUCAAUUCCUCUUUGUCCUUCUUUCUUGAUUGCUUAUAAACAAGGUCUUUCAGAUGUUCCUUUUUUUCGUUUUUUUAUAUUUCCCUUCUAAAUAAGCACAUUUGAUAAGUCUCUAACGUAAUCUUGUGUAAUGUAUAUAAAUACAAUACAAUAUAGUGCACUAAGCUCGGGAUUGUGCUACUGAACUUUGUUCAGUUUCUUGAGAGAAGAACCUAAGGCCAUUUUGAGGACCAGAUUUUAUAUAAGAGAAUAAUUGUGGUGGUGUAUGGCAAUUUAGAAAAAAUGAUGAUGGCAAGUGAGUUGCAUGCAUUUCCGGUGUUUCUGGGUUCAAAGAAUCUGUCCAUCCACCAUGAUCAUAGAGUUCUGUGUUCCUCAUUCUAUGGUACUACAGUAAAACUGGUGCAUUCAAACAAUGUAGGAUCAGGUUUUACCUUAGGCAAGUUCUUGAGUGUUGCACAGAGGAACACAACAAAAAGAUUCUUGGCUACUUCUACUCUUGCAGAUGUUGCAAAUGAUUUUAUGGCACUUCAAUCACCAAUGGUUGCAGGACCACAAGCUGACCCAAAAACUGUUGCAUCCAUCAUAUUAGGCGGUGGAGCCGGAACGCGCCUUUUCCCUCUUACUCAAAGAAGGGCUAAACCUGCAGUUCCAAUUGGAGGAUGCUACAGGCUAGUAGACAUACCAAUGAGUAAUUGUAUUAACAGUGGAAUCAACAAAAUUUAUGUCCUUACACAAUUUAAUUCUCAGUCCCUAAACCGCCACAUUUCAAGAACAUAUAAUUUGGGAGGUGGCAUAAACUUUGGUGGGGGUUUUGUGGAGGUAUUGGCAGCAACUCAAACGGCCGGUGAAUCAGGGAAGAAGUGGUUUCAGGGUACUGCUGAUGCUGUAAGACAAUUCCUCUGGUUGUUUGAGGAUGCUGAGCAUAAAAACAUAGAGAACAUCUUGAUAUUGUGCGGCGAUCAGCUCUAUCGAAUGGACUACAUGGAACUUGUGCAGAAACAUGUUGAUUCGCAUGCUGAUAUAUCGGUGUCUUGUCUCCCAGUCGAUGGCAGUCGCGCCUCUGAUUUUGGACUAGUUAGAGUUGAUGAAAGAGGCCGGAUACGCCAGUUCUUGGAAAAGCCAAAGGGGGACUUGUUAAGAUCUAUGCAUGUAGAUACAAGUGCUCUUGGAUUAUCAGCUCAAGAAGCAAGGAAAUUUCCAUAUAUUGCCUCAAUGGGUAUAUAUGUGUUUAAAAUAGACACUCUACUAAAACUUCUAAGGGAAAGUUAUCCUAAUGCAAAUGAUUUUGGAUCCGAAGUCAUUCCAAUGGCUGCAAGAGAUUUUAAUGUCCAGGCAUGUCUUUUCAGUGGUUAUUGGGAAGAUAUUGGGACUAUAAAAUCCUUCUUUGAUGCAAACUUGUCCCUUACAGAUCAGUGUCCCAAGUUUCAGUUGUAUGAUCAGUGCAAGCCUAUUUACACAUGUCCUAGGUUCCUACCACCAACUAAAAUGGAGAACUGUCAGGUAGUUAAUUCUUUGAUUUCAGAUGGUUGUUUCUUAAGAGAGUGCAAUGUUGAACAUUCCAUUGUGGGAAUUCGCUCGAGACUUGAUUCCGGCGUGCACCUUAAGGAUACUAUGAUGAUGGGUGCUGAUUAUUACCAAACAGAAGUUGAAAGAGCAGCUAUGUUAGCAGCAGGGCAUGUUCCAGUAGGUAUUGGGAAAGAUACCAAAAUUGUGAAUUGUAUAAUUGACAAAAAUGCAAGAAUUGGAAGCAACGUGAUCAUUUCCAACAAAGAAAAUGUGCAAGAAGGUGACAGACCAACUGAGGGGUUUUAUAUUCGAUCAGGAAUCACUGUGAUCUUGAAAGAUGCUAUCAUAACCAAUGGCACAAUCAUUUAGUGAUACAUGCAUGCAUGGAUGGAUGGAUGGAUGAUUAUCAUUUAUCGACAUGUAUGUGAUGGCAUUACAUGUAGCAUCAUCAAAAUGGCUGGGAGGGUAUAGUAAUACACUAUCUCCAAACUUUAUUCCUGGAAAAAGGGCUCAUCAAGUAUAUCAAAUUUUGAUUCUUCAAUCUUGGAAAAUCAAGAAUGUAUGUAUACAUUCAUUUGACACAACAUUCUUUUGUUAACAAAUAAAGAGGGCGACAAAUUAAAGUCAGCGGGCAAUAAUAAAAUUCUAAUCAUAUUGGUUGAGAUUAUUUA